GACAACUGACAAUCGUCAAAAAUCACCUGCAGUGCGUGUUUGUUCGUUGUUUGUCGCACGAAAUCAAAACAUUCCCGCGGCGUGCACAUUCGCUGCGCUAGAUAUAACGUUGCCACACGUCGAAAUCAUUUCAAAUUAACACGGCGCUGUUCUGCGAGUGCAUUUAUGACACAGAACGACUAUGAAAGUCGUAGUUGGAAAAGUAAUUGUGGUGGGUGAUCAGAAUGUUGGUAAGACAAGCAUCGUCCUGCGAUACGUGCAAAAUGUUUUCCAGGAAGUGACGCAGCCGACGAUUGGUGCCAUUUUCACGCCAUGUAAACUACAAAUGCACGAUGAUAUCUUAGUCAAACUGAACAUAUGGGAUACUGCUGGCCAGGAGCGUUUCAAAGCGUUGACACCCCUUUUCUACCGCAAUGCAAACGCUGGACUACUCGCCUUUGACUUAACACGCGUCGAAUCGUUCGAAAACUUAAAAAUGUGGGCGCAUGAACUACGCAGGAACGUCGAGGAGAAGAUGGUGCUAUGCGUAGUCGCGACUAAAUUGGAUCUGGUCGAGCAGCGUGCGGUUUCGCGCAACGAAGGCUUUCAAUUUGCUAAUUCACUAGACGCUGCUUAUUAUGAGACAUCAGCCAAAGAAGAUUCAGGUGUUGGUCAAAUUUUUGAACACAUAGCUCAGGGCCUGUUGAAGUCCUGCGCGCAAGGCGAAAUAAACACCAUGAAAAUUUACGAAGGUGAUGCGGAUGCAUUGAUGGCACGCUCAAGUCAAUUACAAGCCACCGAUAUUGGGUGGAUUGAAGAACCCGGUGGAAGUAUCACCGCAAUCGCCCACGGGGAAGUUCAUCAAAAGUGUUGUUAUUGAAUAAUUCUACUUUAAUUUAAAUCAAAUCUCUCUUGGUUGCUCACAUAUUGAACGAGUCUCUUAUCGAAUCAUCCUCUCUUGCCAUCUGUGUCAUGUUUUAGCCUGCGAUAAUGAUAUCUGCGAUGUUAGAUUUUUAUACCAAACUGUAAUACCAAAUCGUAUUCGAUUAUUGCGCACGAAGUUGAAUGUUUGUGUUCUGUGUAUUGUAUUAAUAGAAGUUACAAUUAAGUUUGUAUUUUGUCACGGGUGCAAAAUAUUUUUAUAUGAAUAAACUAAAA